AUGCUUUCAUUUAUUAGAAGAUUUGUGUUCGGCGAGUAUCGGCUAACACCGGCCGAUAUAAGAAAAGCACCUCUUAACGACGUUGUCACCUACAGAGAUUACAAAGAACAUGGUGGUAAAAAAAGAGAUACGGAUACAAACUUGCACAAAGAUGCAUCGACUGUAUCUACACCGAGCCUUUCAUGGAGCACCAGAGAUGGCGAGAGUAAAAACAGAAGUUGGAUGUCCAGUACCAACCUGUCAGAAUCGAAAGAAAAUAGCCAUAAUAGUGAUAACGAUUUUAAUUAUCCUUCAUCGUGGAUAUCAACUCCCGAUUUAGCAAAUAUGCAAGAUGAUACCCAACCAAUAACCACGGUUAACUUACAAUUACCAAAAAGGAAAAUAAAACCAAUAGAUACAGGACAAAGAACAGAUAGUUUUUCUCUAGUAAAAGAAAAGUCACCGCUAUUUAACAGAAACGAGAGUCUAGCAGAUAGAGCAAAUAAACUUAAAGCUAUUAAAGAAUCGACACCUCAGCGAGGCAGAAGAAUUCAAAUAAAAGAAGUCAAAACAAUAUCAGAGGAACCAACAAAUCACGAUGUAAAGAAAUCCCCAAACAAAGAAACAUCCUCCCAAGACAAUUCUGACAAUGAUGACACAAUCAGUUUAGCCGGUACAGAAACUACGGAUACAACAUUGGUAGAUGAUCAUGAAUUUCGCGACCAACUGGACAGCCUCAAGAAAGAGCUCGAAGUGACCAAAACAAAAUGCGAAAGGCUAGAAAGAGAAAAGAGCGACAUCUUACUAAGAAGACUAGCUUCAAUGGAAACAAGCAAACCAAGCGCCUCAGAAGUAUUGAAGCUGCAACAAAAAUGCAACGAACUGCAACAACAACUAGAAGAUUAUAAAGAUGAGAAAAAAAGCCUAGGGCUGAGAGUUAAAGAGCUUGAAACUGACUUGGAUGUUAGACCGACAGCUCAAGAGGCUCAGAAAAUUGCUGACGACCUCCGAUCGAAGCUUCUAGCUGCUGAAACAUUGUGUGAAGAGUUAAUGGACGAAAAUGAAGAUAUCAAAAAGGAAUUGAGAGAUAUGGAAGAACAAAUGGAUGAAUUGCAGGACAAUUUUAGGGAAGACCAAGCCGUAGAAUACACCUCCUUGAAAAAGGACUUGGAUCAAACAACCAAAAAUUGUCGAAUAUUAUCCUUCAAACUGAGAAAAUGCGAGAGAAAGGCCUCCCAACUGGAAUUCGAAAAGACGGAGCUAGAGAAAAAGUUAAAAGAUAUUUCUGGCAGUGGUACGACUUUAAAUCAAAUUGAAAAGAUCAAGCAAUUGGAACAGGAACUGAAAUUAGCAAAUGAAGUUUCCGUGAGGCUCCAAAAGGACCUAGAGGAUGCAAAAACAAAAAACAAUAAAACGGAAGAUGCUAAGGGACCAACCAAAAAAAAAGCACCUACUCUUGCAUCUAUAGGAAAGAAUUCUUCCAACGAUGGAAAAGUAUCCAGGGAAUCUUUAACAAGAGGAGGCUCGCAGGAUGAUCCUGUUCAAUUAUUAAGAGAUCUUCAAGACUCUCUGGAGCGAGAAGCAGAUCUUAGGGAGCAACUCAAAUUUGCCGAAGAAGAGGCACAAACAUUACGCAAAAAGGUAUCAAGAAUUGAAGAUGAUAAUGAAUCAUUAGUCCUGCAACUAAAGAAAAUGGCUACCAGAGCAAGAACUAGAAAACUUAGUCCCACAAAUCAAAAGCUUAUGCCUGAACCACAAGAGAAAACUGACGCAUCAGAAGAUGACGAUCCCGCAGAGAUAAAAUUGCAGCUAGAAUUAAGUGAACACGAAGCUUCAGUUCUUCGACACAAAGUCGAAGAACUAGAAGGAGACAAUCACAAACUAAAAGCGAAAGUAAAAGAACUCCAAGAACAGACCUCUAACAAAACAACAACUAAACGCACGCUGUUAAACAGCGAGAAAGUAAAAGAAAAUUCAUUACUGAAUCAAAAACUACAGGUUUUAGAAGACGAAACUAACGAUAUAAGAAAGAAGCUGAUAGAAAAAGAAAGAGACUGUGAAAGACUUCACGCUGAACUUAGCCUUACUCAGAAAAGAUCAAAAGGAAUGCAGAAGAGCAAAUCGUUGGAUCUUGAUCAACAAACUUUGGAUCUUCGUAGGCAACUACAAGUUAUUGAACAAGAAGCAACUGUAUUGAGAAACAAAGUACAAACGCUGGAAGAGGAAAAUGAAAAACUAGGUACUGAAAAUAAGAAGUUAGGCCUGAAAUCCGCCAAGACUGGAAAAGCUGAUAAAAAUAUGGACAAAUUUAUUGACCAAAUUGCCACACUGGAAGUUGAAAUGGCUGAAAAGAACGACAAAAUUAGGGAAUUGGAGGAAAAACUUAACAAAACCGAUAAGCAAGUACAGCCAGUUGAAAUCAAGGGUGACUUCAAGAAGUUCAGCCAAAGGAAUCCAAAACGAGUGACAGCUUUAACAUCCAAGGACCAGAUGAAAACAAUGGUGAGUGAUCUAGAAAAGGAAAUAUGGGAAAUGCUACAAGUCCUGAAAACCAACGAAAAUGAACGGAUAAAAUUAGAAGAAGGAGCAAAUUCCAAAGUUAAAAAAGCAACCAAUGAAAUAGAAGAAUUAAACAAGAAAAUAAGUAUUCUAACAAAAGAAGUAGAUACAGAAAAACUGAAACUGAAUCAAGUAAAUUCAGAAAAAGACGAAUUGAAUAAAACUAUCUCUAAAUUGAGAGAAUCUAUGGAUAAAAUUUCUGGUGAGAAAUCAAUUCUGCAGAAAGAAAUCGAUAAAUUAAGUAAAGAUAAAACCAAAUUAACUAAUGAUAACAAAUCAUUGGAUGAAGAAAUCUCAAAAUUAACAACUUUAAAACAAAAAACGACAUAUUUAGAACAAAGUGUUGCAGAUAAAGAAAAAGAACUAAAAAAAUUAAAAGACGAAAAUAGUAAAAUCAACAGUGAGAUUGAAAAAGAACGACUGCAGCUCAAAUAUUUGCAAUCAGAUCAGGAAAAAUGGGAGGAAGAGCGUAAAAAGCUGAAUAAAAAAAUUGAAAAUUUAACCACCAAAAUAAAUACUUUAGAAAAUUCUAUUGAACAAAAAGAUAAAUUAGUAAAAGAAUUGGAAAGCAAUUUAGAAAAAGAAAAAGAAAAUUUGAGAGCAAGAGAAGCAGCAACUAAGAAAAUGAGUACGCAAAAAGAAGAAUUAGACACAGCAAAUAAAAAUAAUAAAGCAUUAGAAGAUAAAUUAUCGAAAAUACAGCUAGAAACGAAAAAUAGCAAGCUGGAAAAUGAGAAAAAAAUUAAACAAAUGGACAUUGAUCUACAGAACGAAAGGAAGAAAUUGGAACUCUUGAGAGCAAAUAACGAAAAAGAACAGAAAAACAGGGAAUUAGAAUUAACAGCACUGAGAGAGAAAAUAAGAAAACUGGAACAAAAUACCACGAGUUCCCCCGAAAUUAAACAAUUACAAAAAUCCAAUUCAGAUUUAGAAAGUACUAUUGCCAAAGAAAGAAGAAAAUAUGACGAACUAACUGCUAAAUACGAAAUUUUAGAAGAAGAACACGUCAUAACUAAAGCGAAAUUAGUCAUGGAAAGAGAAACAUUAGAAUCGCAAUACAAAAAUCUAAAGCGCGAAAUGGAACAACUAGAAAAUGAACUGAAAACAUUAAGAGACACCUACAACACAAAGCAAGAUGCUUGGAUCAAAGAAAAAUUAGACAUAGAAUCAAAAUUAAAAUCAAAGGUGACAUUUACAGGCAGCGAUUCAGACAGGCAAAGACUGAGAGCGCUACUAGAAGAAAAACAGUCAGAAUACGACCAAGUCAAAAAAGAAUACGAAGCCAUCCAUGGCCAAAUGGAUUUCCUUAGGAAGGAAAACGACGAUUUGAAGAAAAAGUUAGAUGAUUACGAUAAAGUUAAUAAGAUACAAAGGAAUAUUAAUGCUGACAGCACGGCAAUGGAGAAGGAAAUGAAAUCAUUACGGAUAAGGUUAAACAAUUUAGAAAAGAGCAAGAAAUCUGAUUUGGCUGAACUGAAAAUGAGGUACGAAAGUCAAAUAAACGUGGUAAACGGUGAGCUGCAAUCAUUGCAAAAUCAAGUAGUUAGAUUUAAAAGGGAGAAAGACACUUACAAGCAUAUGUUAGAAACGGCUCAAAAAACCAUUGGUGAUCUAAAGCAGUUUCCGAAACUAGCAAGAGACGGGCCGAAGAAUAUUAAUUACGACGAGCUGGAAGAGUCCAAGUCGAAAGUGGCUACUCUGGAACAACAAAUCAGCUGUAUGGAAGAUGAACUAUCAGAAGCCAGACUAGAAUGUUCCAGGGUAAAAACAGAGUUGGUAUCUGAACGGUCAACUUUCGAAGUAAAAUUAUCAGAAAUGCAUUCCAAAGUAAACGAAUUAGAAGAGGAGAAAGUUCUGAGUAGCGGCAGGACGAAAAUUGUAGGUUUAAGAACAAGAAUGGAACUAGCGUGGCAAAAAGAAAGGGAAGAACAACAGAGAUUGCUUCAAGAAACAGCCACAUUAGCGAGAGAUUUGAGGCAAACUCUAUUUGAAGUUGAAAGAGAGAGAGAUAAAGAACGAUUAGAAGCAAAACGGAAGCAAGAUCAGCUAAAAAAGACGUCCGAAGAAGACCAGGAAUCGAAUAAAAAGAAAAUAACAGAACUGCAAUGUGAUCUCUUAGAACUAAGAGACGCUCAUGCAAAACUAAGAACGACGAAUGAGAAACUAAGGCGAGAAAGGGAACGGUACGAUAAAGAAAGAGAGGAAUAUCGCUCUAUGAUGAACGGUAAAAAGAGAGUCGACUUAGAAGACGACAGAAAAAUAAAUGCUCUAAUUGAACAAAUGGAUACACUCAAACAACUAGCUCCAGAAUUAUUCUUUUCAAAAGAAAGCGAAGCACCCUACACUCCAACGCCUCCUAGAAGAACCAAAUCCAGAUCUAGAGAAACUUCUCCAUCUCUAGAACCCAGAGAAUCUUCAAUGGCGCCAGAAGAAAAAAAGCAGCAAGUUCAGUACAUAAUGCAACGACUGGUACACACCACCGAAGACCUAAGAAGGCUUCAAAGGUUUUCGGAAGAUGACGCCGAGAGAGAGCGCAUCAAAAGGACAAUGGGAAUGAGAAGAGCUACAUCUACAGAACACGAUACGUCUUUAUCAAGAGGUCCACAGAUGAGAAAAUCGAUUGGACUAUCCCAAAGCAGUCUUAAAAGAAAAAGUAUCUCCCUUGAGCAUACUAUUCAGACUGAGCAGAAAAUUUGGACCAAUGACAACAGUAUGUCCAGCCUGAAUUCCCUAGAACUGCAUUCUGAUGUCGAAACAAGUAGAGGUAGAAGAGAUGCAAGCUUAGAUAGUCGGUUAUCUGGUGGGUCUACUCAGAGCGAACUGGGAGAUAAGAAGAAAAAGAAAGGGUUGAUUGGAAAGUUGAAGAAACUUACUAAAUCUCGAAGCAUAGAUGAUAAAGAUCCUGAUAAUUUCUCUCCUAUGAGGCCGCUAGGGUCCAAGGCGAACUCAGGUGAUAGCAUGGAUGAUGCCAAAGGAAGUAAAAAAGAUUUGAAAGAAAGAAUAACUGGUAUAUUUAAGAAGGCAGGUUCUAGUUCUAGGAGUAAUAGCGUCGAACGUGGUAUUGAACGAAAGCAUGAAACUAGUUCAACACAGAGACCAUUGGUCAGAAAUGGUAGCAAUGGACAUCUUACAGGCUCUAGUAUGACUUCUUCUGACAAAGAUUUCAGAUUUAUGGCAACCAAUGAUUUAAUGACUGAAUUACAAAAAGAUAGCAUUAAACUUGAUGAUGACUCUGAACGAAAGGUAGUGCGAAUGCUACUAAAGUUGCUUGAAGACAAAAACGGAGAGGUUCAAAAUCUGGCUGUAAAAUGCUUGGGACCUCUAGUUAACAAAGUGAAGGAAUUCCAAGUAGAAACUAUUGUAGAGUCACUUUGCACGAAUAUGGUUUCUGAUAAAGAACAACUAAGAGAUAUCUCUAGUAUUGGCCUCAAGACUGUUAUAGCUGAGCUUCCACAAGCACCUGGUGGUUUAUCGGGGAAUAUUUGCAAAAGGAUCACUGGAAGAUUAACCACAGCUAUUGAAAGACAAGAAGAUGUAUCUGUACAACUAGAAGCUCUGGAUAUAAUUACAGACCUCUUACUCAGAUUUGGUCCAGUAUUGCAAGCCUUCCACGGAUCUAUCUUAUCAGCCUUAUUACCCCAGUUAUGUUCCCAGCGUCAAGCUGUAAGAAAACGUACUAUCAGUGCAUGUAGCAACCUAGUAUUAUCCUGUAAUAAUGCACUUUACACAAAACUUAUAGAUCACUUAUACAGUGGUCUUUGUUCAGAUAAUAACAAUUCCCAAAUAAGGACUUAUGUACAAUGUGUCGCUGCUGUUUGUCGCCAGUCAGGGCACAAAUUCGGUGAACACAUUGAAAAAUUUGUACCUCUGAUUUUGCAAUGUAGCCAAGUUGAUGAUGAUGAAUUAAGGGAAUUUUGUUUACAAGCCUUCGAGAGCUUUAUAAAUAGAUGCCCUAAAGAAAUCACCAAAAAUAUACCAUCGAUCAUCAUUUGGUGUUUAAAAUACAUGAUGUAUGACCCCAAUUACAAUUAUGAUGAAGAUGAAAGUUCAAAUGGACAAAAUGAUCCAUAUGAUGACGAUGAAGAAGAUGAAGAAAAUGAUGAAUACAGUGAUGAUGACGAUAUGAGUUGGAAAACCAGAUCAACGGUCAAUGUAAACAUGGAUCCCAACGCGAUGGUAAUGGACGAUGAGGAAGAAACACCGAUGUCCCUUCUCCAGCAACAAAUCGAGCUUCUCGUAAAAGGUGUACAGGGUCAGAUGCGCGAAAAGAGCAUCAAAACUAGACAAGAUUGUUUCCAGUUGUUGAAGGAAGUGUGUUCGGUACUUCCCGGCGCUCUGAGUACUCACAUCGGCGAUUUAAUACCAGGAAUAUUAUAUUCUUUGAGCGAGAAAAACGCGAGCAGCAACAUGAAAAUAGAUGCUUUAUCGUUUAUAUAUUGCCUGUUAACAAGUCACCCACCACAAGUUUUCCAUCCAUACAUUAGCAUCCUUCUCCCACCAGUCAUAGCCGCAGUGGGCGACAACUUCUAUAAAAUAACCGCAGAAGCGUUGAACGUGUUACAAGAACUAGUGAAAGUUAUUAGACCUCUAAACAUCAAUUCUGGUUUCGAUUUUACACCAUUUACCAAAGAUAUUUAUAGUUGUACUUUAGUAAGACUUAGAACAGCUGAUAUCGAUCAAGAAGUUAAAGAGAAAGCUAUAUCUACAAUGGGGCAGGUCAUUUGUAACUUGGGUGAUCACUUGAAAGCUGAAUUACCAUAUUGCCUGCCCUUGUUCCUGGACAGACUGAAAAACGAGAUCACUAGACUUACCACUGUUAAAGCCCUCACCAAAAUCGCUGGCUCGCCUUUAGGUAUUGAAUUGCCGAUAUUACCGGAUGCAAUGCCUAUCCUUGGAUUAUUCUUGCGAAAGAAUCAAAGAGCUCUUAAAUUAACUACCCUCCAGCUCAUUGACUGUUUGAUUAAAAAUUACCAUGAAGAUCUGAGCGUAACUCUACUAGGACCUGUUGUAGUAGAAAUAUCACCUUUGCUUGACGAGUCUGAUCUUCAUAUAGCUCAAUGGACACUGAUUAUACUGAAAAGUAUCGCGAUGUAUCAUCCAAGAGCUUUGCAAGAUAUAAAUAAUACUAUAAUGCCUCAAGUAUUGGUUUUAGUUAAAUCUCCGCUACUGCAGGGUACGGCCUUACAGUCUAUGUUAGACUUUUUUAAAUCUUUAGUAAAAUGCAACCUUCCUGGUUUAAAUUACGAUUCUUUGUUACGACUGUUGUUAAUGCCCAUUUCAAGUCUCGGUAAUAACCAAUCUACAACUCUACACAAACAAGCUUUCUAUUCGUUGGCGAAGUGCGUGGCUGCCAUCACAGUCACUUGUCAUUCGCACGCGUUGCCUGUAGUUCUCACGUUUAUAAACGAAAUCCAAGCAGCGGCGACCGAUUCUCAACAAAUAUUCGCUUUGCUGGUUGUCGGCGAAAUUGGAAGAGAAAUUGAUUUGACUUCGAAUACAAAUUUAAAACAGGUUAUACUUAACUCAUUUUCGGCUGUGUCAGAAGAAGUGAAAUCGGCUGCCAGUUACGCCUUGGGCAGCAUUUGCAUCGGCAAUCUACAACAAUACUUACCUUUCAUUUUAAAAGAAAGCCAAGAUCAACCUAAAAGACAAUAUCUCCUCUUGCACUCUCUUAAAGAAGUCAUCACGUGUCUUUCACAGACACCAGAAGGUAUUCAGCAACUUCUACCGUUCGUCCCGGCGAUUUGGCAACAACUAUAUCGACAUUGUGAAUGCGUAGAAGAGGGUACUAGGAACGUUGUAGCGGAAUGUCUCGGAAAAUUAACACUUAUAGAUCCAACAAACCUUUUACCAAAGCUGAAACGUUCCUUGAACUCCCCCUCGCCUCUAAUGAGGACCACCGUCGUGACGGCUGUCAAAUUUACCAUUUCAGAUCAACCUGCUUCCAUUGACCCGCUGCUGAGACAGUGUAUCGGCGAAUUCCUGAAUACCUUACAAGAUCCUGAUCUAAAUGUCAGGAGGGUGGCUUUGGUAGCAUUCAAUUCAGCUGCUCAUAAUAAGCCAUCGCUUAUUAGAGAUCUACUUGAUACCACUCUGCCUCAACUAUAUGGAGAAACUAUCAUCAAAAGAGAUUUAAUAAGAGAAGUGGAAAUGGGACCUUUCAAACACACUGUAGACGAUGGUUUGGACAUAAGAAAAGCAGCUUAUGAGUGCAUGUACACUCUCCUCGAUUCUUGUCUCGACAAAGUUGACAUUUUCGAAUUCAUUAACCACGUAGAAACAGUGUUAGAUAAAUUAGUAGAACCCUUAAGAGCUACGCUGACCAUGAAGGUUAAGGCGAAUUCUGUCAAACAGGAAUACGAAAAACAAGACGAACUUAAAAGAUCGGCUAUGAGAGCUGUAGCUGCGCUUUUAAGCAUAUCAGAUGCAGAUAAAAAUCCACACCUUAACGAGUUCGUUAGCCAAAUCAAGAAUUCUCCUGAUCUUUCACCAAUUUUUGAAUCGGUUCAAAAGGAUUCAUCCAUCACCCAUAGCGACUGUCUUCUAAUGGAUCAAAGUUAAAUAAAUUAAUAAAUAACAUAACACUGUAAUUUUAUAACGUGAAGUUCAUUGUGUAGAUGCGAGAUUAUUAUACAUUUGUUCUACAAAUAAAAAAACCUAAUAAAAUGUUUUAUUUCGA